AUGACUCAGGAUAACUGCACAGGCAGCACAGGCAGCAGCACUGGCAGCACAGGCAGCAGCACUGGCAGCACAGGCAGCACAGGCAGCAGCACUGGCAGCACAGGCAGCAGCACAGGCAGCACAGGCAGCACAGGCAGCACAGGCAGCAGCACAGGCAGCACAGGCAGCACAGGCAGCAGCACAGGCAGCACUGGCAGCACAGGCAGCAGCACUGGCAGCACGGGCAGCACAGGCAGCACAGGCAGCAGCACUGGCAGCACAGGCAGCACAGGCAGCAGCACAGGCAGCACAGGCAGCACGGGCAGCACAGGCAGCACAGGCAGCACAGGCUCUGGUGAUUAA